CAGAACGCGGCUCGUCCGUGUAAUUGGAGCAGUUUGGGCGCGAUCACAGCGCGCGGUGCGAGCGCGCGCCGGCCGGGUCCCGACACCACAUCCGCAUCACACCGCGCAAUCGGGUGGGGGGGGGGAGCCCGCGCCCCUCGCAGCCUCUCUCGUUCUCCUCCGCAGUGUGUGUCUCUGAGAUGAGGUCCUGCGAAGAGCUGAAACUUUUGACACCGCGCGACACUUGAUGCUCCCAGCGAGGGUAAAACUAAGGGCCGUUAUUACAGUGCGCGAGCCGGGAUCCGACACUAUGAUGUGCUGAUACCCAGAGGAGGGACGCGUUCGCUACUUGUUUCAUAGCAGCAGCUGUCAAGCCCCCCCAUGGAGAACAAGGCCAUGUACCUGAGCUCGUACGAGGAGCACGAGAGCGGCUCCUUCUGCGAAGACGGAUACGAGGGCAUCAACGAGCGGAACCUGUCCAAGCUCAACCUGUGCGAAGAAGUGAGUCCUGCCAAGAGGAGAAGGAAGCUGGAAAACUGUUGUGGCCACCUGGACUCGCUGUCGGCCAUCAAAUAUGCCAUCGUGUCCUUGUACAUCCUCGUUCUGCUCAGCAUUUUUGGUCUCUGUUUGGCAGUGUCCCGUUCUCAGGCGUCUUCAGUGAAGCAGGACAUGUUGGUGGAGAAUGUCACCCACCUGGAGAACCGGUACCAGAACCUGCAGCAGUCCUUUGACCUGUUCUCCACUCAGACGGACCUCAUGGAGAACAUCUGGAAGCUGGAGAACCUCCUCCAGAACCAUUCACAGACGCUGUUGCAGCUGGGCCUGGCCGUACGAGAGCUGCAGCAAGAUGUGCAGGGCCUGCGGGUGCGAUCAGGGGAGACAGCUGACUCUGUGGAGCAUCUGGGGGACUACGUCAUGGGGCUGAGUCUCUCCAGCCAUGGGAACAUCAGUAGCCUGUGGGCUGACUUGGCGAGGACGGUUGAGUCGCUACAUGCCCAGGACACCCUGAUCACACAAACAGCUGGCCAGGUGGACCUCUUCAGAGACAGGCUGGAGGAGGUCACCUGGACUGUGGGUACAGUCAACCGGACAUUUUCAAAUGACAUCAGCGUCCACCGCCUGAAGAUCCACGACCUGCAAGUGCAGGUAGUCAAUGUGACACAGGAUGCCACGUUGACGAGGGAAAUGCAAAUCACUAUGGAGGAGCAGCUGAAGAAUGAGAUAGAAAUCUUGAACACCAUCACCGAAGACCUGAGACUCAAAGAUUGGGAAAAGUCCGUUGCUCUAAAGAACCUCACAGUCAUAGAAGGACCCCCAGGACCAAAGGGUGACAAAGGAGAUGUUGGACCACGUGGUGCCUCGGGUCCACCAGGUCUUGUUGGGUUGAGAGGUAUGAAUGGGGAAAAGGGAAUCCAGGGACCACAGGGACUGAAAGGCUCUGCAGGGUUGGAUGGUCUUCCAGGCCCCAGGGGGUAUAUUGGUCCUCGUGGACCGAAAGGUGACCGAGGGGAAAAAGGAGAGAAGGGGGACAGGGGAGACAGAAUUGAAAAGACAGCGGAAGAGGUGCUGGUGAGGCUGAUUAAUGGGUCCGGCCCACACGAAGGCCGGGUGGAGGUAUUUCAUGUGAAUAGGUGGGGCACCGUGUGUGACGACACGUGGGACAAGAAGGAUGGCGAUGUCGUCUGCAGGAUGCUCGGCUACAGUGGGGCAAGAGAGGUUCAUAAAAUGGCGAGAUUCGGGCAAGGUAAGGGGCUCAUCUGGAUGGACGAUGUGGCCUGCAAUGGUACGGAGGUCACCAUCCACCAGUGCAAGUUCCUAGGCUGGGGGAAGACUAACUGCGGUCAUGUGGAGGACGCGGGAGUCACAUGCAACACCUAAGGCCAGCUCACCACUUCAUCUGUGGACCUGGAAUUGACCGAUGGAGGACAAGUGCUUGCAGUGCCUGUCUCCUGUGGAAUUUCGCAGUGCUACAGAGAGGUUCUCACUUUAGCUCCCAAAUGAGACUCACAAUGGCAUCGGUAAUACACGUCAUGACUUGACCAGUGUCUCUGGUCUCUCUUCCUUUGACAUAUUCAUCCUAAUUACAGACACACAAAUGCUGAUUGACUGACAUUGGUUGGGACCAUUGUCAGCGAUGCACUCAGACCAAAUGAAAACACAUUUUAAAAGUAAAUGUUGAGCGUAAUCUUCACUUAUAUCAAUACUGUAUGCCCUCAUAUCCAGUAGCAGAGCCAGCUGUGCCUUAACGUAAAACUUAGUCUUCACUGACGUCUAGAAGGUUCGGUUCCAGACUAAUUCAUUUGUAAGAUAAUUUCCUUGAAAAACAUUCACUUUGUUAUAAAUCAUCUCAUGGGUGAUUUAAAAAACUCAACAUGCUUCAAACACGGAAACUGUGAUUCUUCCUCUGAAUUGUUUUAAUUACCAUUUGGAAAAAUUCUAUUGUUCUGAAAGAAACUAAUGUAAAAAAAUCAACUAAAGGGCCAUGUACACCAUCAUAAAACAAAAUUUUAGCACAAAUUUGGUUAAGAGGUGAAGUAAAAGGAAACAAAUUAGUUUGUUAUUUAAAAGCUGGAAAAAUAUGUGGGAAAGAAGAAGGAAGAUGAAUUUUUCGUACAUGCAACGUCUCCUGUUAACAGAGGGGCGUGAAAAAUUAAUGCAUAAUUGACUAGACAGGACCUACUUUGUAAGAACACUACGAUCAUAUGUAAGUAUAUAAAAAGGAGAGUGUCUAUGGGACUUGUAGGUGUUACUUUCACUGCUUUAAGAGAUUAUCACAGAGACAACCAGAGCUCCAUUCCUAGGAUCUGAUGCAAUGACCUUCUGGUAAGAAAUCAAGCUCCUUAACUGCUUGGCCACCCAACCUAUCCUACUUGGCAAAGUGAUUCGCUUUAAUGUGGUUACUGUGCUGCAUUGUUCAUCUCUGAUCUCUGUGCCGGUGGUCCAAAAAACAUGCAGCGACCCUCUCAAAGUGCCGUUUCACAGCCAACACAUGGUGCUGAGCUCAAACUUGUAACAGCCAAAGACAUUAAGCUCUGUUCACUUUGUACUUCCACUCCAAAUGCUCAAGUUCUCCAGGGAAAACAACCCUUUCUGGUGACUGAAAACUUGGAAAAUGUAAAUAUUUUUCUGAAUUUUUACACUAAAAACAAAUCUUAAGUAUUUUGCGAAAAUAUGUGUACUCUGGUAUUGUCAUGAGAGGCAUUUUUGUGACUGCUAUUAUGCUGCCUUGGUUUUGUUGAACCCUGUGCUAAUUCCAAGCACUUGAAAUGAUCAUUUUUGUUGGGCUUGGCUUUGAUAAACAAGGAGACUAAGCUUCUUUUUCAGGUUGCCAGACAUUGCUUAUGCUGUAUUCUGGGCAAAUGAGAUAUGCGAGCUUUAGCUUACAGUAGGUUACUUACAGAACGUCUGUCUGAUGCAAUUCAUAAUUUUAUUUUGGCACCAUUAAGCCAUGAAUUAAGGGAUCCUCUUUGAAAACUGGCCUUUGGAACAACUGAACUGCAAGGCACAUUGUUUAUCAGCAUUUCUAAAAUGCCAUCGUGCUUGAUUAAUGAACCGUGCAAAAUAAUUCCAAACGAAUCCAUCAUUAAUCAAAGGCAGAUGGAGGCGUCUGGGACCCAGACAGUGUGACUCUGCCAUCAUCGACGAGGGUUUCACAUGCAGCAUAAUCUGGGCUUCGGGUCUCCUGGUGAUAUGCCAAGAUGAUAGAACUAUUAAAGUUAUAUGGCUGAUGACUCAUUUCCAGUUUCCGUGAAAGUGUUCCCAUUUUCUGCUCCAGCCAAGGGACAGCAGAACACACAUGGAUACUGGGGUGGCUACAUGACAGCCCAUCUAUCUGAAAUACUUUCUAUGAAUUUUUUAAUUAAAAAAACAAACCACUUAGCUGGAUUUUUACACUAUUCACAUGUAGUCUCAAUUCCGUCAUUCUGGCCUUCAUUUCUUUUGAGUGGUUGACAGAUCCAGAUAGUAACAUUUUAUAUAUCUGUUGAGAAUGUAUUUUCAUAUUUUGUUAUAUAAUUUUUCUACCUUAAUCAU